AUGGCCGAAUUAUUAUCGCCAGAUACUGCUGCGCGGUCGAGAUCGCCGCCAGCACAACCAACCCAGUUGAAUAUACCCGAAACUUUUAGUCGCUCAACAGCAAUAUCUGUGGCUAUAGACCCAGUAGCCUUGAUAACGACGGAAUGUAUCACGGUUACUUCGGCAAUGCGCAAACACGCUCGGUGGUCCCACUCGUCGGUAUCUGCUAUCUUAGGAGGUGCAACUGCAGGUUAUGGUCGAGAGACCUCUCGUCCCUCAACACCCAGAGGCUCUAUAGGUAGUCGGCGCGAGGGGAAGUCAGGGGAUUCUCCACUCCUUGGGACUCCUGGGGAUGACGAGAUUGGCUUAGCAAAUAGGUGGGGACUUCGAGGGAAGAAAGGCAAGAGUAUCCAAGACAACCCCCUUAUGUCUGCCUUUGCAAAAUUGAGGGCGGACUUGGCAGGGUGCAAAGAUAUCCGGAACUUCGAUACGCCCGCCCUCUUGCACCCCUUUUUACAAGUAAUCCGUUCAUCCUCUACGUCGGCCCCUAUCACCUCCCUUGCACUUGUGGCGAUCACAAAGUUUUUUUCAUAUAACAUCAUAAGUCGAACCUCUCGCCGUUUGCCUUUGGCCAUGCAACUCUUGUCGUCCGCGAUAACACACUGCCGUUUCGAGGCCAGCGAUUCUGCCGCCGAUGAGGUUGUGCUGUUGCGUAUUCUCAAUCUUAUGGAGAUCAUGAUAGCUGGCCCUGGCGGCGACACACUCGGAGACGAGAGUGUAUGUGAAAUGAUGGAGACAGGGCUCAGCAUGUGCUGUCAGAUACGUCUCUCGGAGCUUUUACGUCGAUCAGCAGAAAUGUCCAUGAUUACUAUGUGCCAGGUGAUCUUUGAGCGGCUGAAAUAUCUGGAACGAGAAGCCGGGGACGAAGUGCAGGCGUUGGAUGAAGACACCAAAGAGGACAUGGAUACAGUGAAGAUGGUGCCGUCUGUUGAUGGAGACAACGUCACUUCCUUCUCUCAAAAAGCUCGAGAAGAGCCCUCUUCUGACGGCCUGGAAACCCCAGAUAGCCGCGGAGAGGGUUCCGUUAAUGGCAGUGCUAUCGACGUAACUCAAGCGGCCGGUGAAGGCGAAGUUGAGGUAAAGCCAUAUUCAUUGCCAUCUAUCCGUGAGCUAUUCAGAGUGUUAGUCGACCUUCUUGAUCCGCGAGAUCGCCAGCACACAGAUACCAUGAGGGUCAUGGCUCUCCGCGUUAUCGAUGUUGCACUUGAAGUGGCAGGGCCAUCAAUCGCUCGGCAUCCUAGUCUUACCACUCUUGCCAAGGAUGACCUUUGCCGUUAUCUUUUUCAGCUUGUACGGUCUGAUAACAUGGCUAUUUUAAAUGAGUCUUUGCGAGUUGCAGGGACUUUGUUGGCAACCUGUCGCGGGGCGUUGAAGUUGCAACAGGAACUGUUUCUGUCGUAUCUUGUGGCCUGUCUGCAUCCACGGGUCGAUAUUCCUCGGGAACCGGGUAUAGAUCCGAAGCUUUAUGAGGGUGUUCCACAGGCUCCGAAGUUGGUAAAGCCUCCGCCAUCACAAUCAAGUAGCGGCCGAUCAACGCCAGUUCCGAUCAAAGACCGUCAGAAACUUGGCUUAGAAGGCGGGACAAGGAAACCUGAUGCCCGAGAAGCAAUGGUAGAAUGUCUUUGCGCGUUGGCGAGAAUCCCUAGCUUCAUGGUCGAGCUUUUUCUUAAUUACGAUUCCGACGUCGACCGAAGUGAUCUCUGCGAAGAUAUUGUUGGCUUGCUGGCCAGGAAUGCUUUCCCGGAUUCGGCUACUUGGAGUACCACGAACGUUCCACCGCUAUGCCUAGACGCUUUGCUGGGUUACGUGCAGUUCAUUGCUGAUCGGCUGGGGCACGAGCCUCGAGUGGACGGGUAUCCGGAUAGGACGAAACUGAGAGAGCAAAGGGAGGUGAAGAGAAUAAUCAGCCGUGGGGCAACAAAAUUCAACGAAAACCCUACAGCCGGUAUUGUGUUCCUCGCCUCACAAGGAAUUAUCAAUGAUGCGGAUAACCCUGCAUCAAUUGCCACAUUCCUGAAGGGUACCAGUCGGGUCUCUAAGAAGGUCCUCGGCGAAUAUCUUUCAAAGAGGUCACAUGAGCAUAUCCUAGGUGCAUUUUUAGAUUUGUUCAACUUCGCUGGAAAACGAGUUGACGAGGCGUUGCGGGAGUUGUUGAAUUCUUUCCGUCUGCCUGGAGAGUCGCCACUAAUUGAGCGAAUUGUCACGGUGUUCUCCGAGAAAUAUUGCGCCAACUCUCCUCCGGAGGGGAUUGCUGAUAAAGACGCUGUCUACAUCUUAACAUAUGCAAUCAUCAUGCUCAAUACAGACCAGCAUAACCCCAACGUGAAGUCGCAAAAUCGCAUGUCCUAUACGGAUUUUGCGAGAAAUCUUCGAGGGGUCAAUGGUGGUAAGGAUUUCGAACCCAAUUAUCUCCAAGAGAUAUAUAACUCAAUUCGAGAUAAUGAGAUCAUCUUGCCGGAUGAACAUGAUAAUAAGCAUGCGUUCGAUUACGCCUGGAAAGAGUUGCUCCUCAAGACUGACGCCUCCGGCGAAAUGGUACUCUGCGAUUCCAACAUAUACGAUGCUGACAUGUUUGCUUCAACUUGGAAACCAGUUGUAGCAACUUUGUCCUACGUCUUUAUGUCCGCUUCUGAUGAUACAGUCUUCUCGCGAGUGGUCACAGGAUUUGAUCAGUGUGCGAGAAUAGCAGGGAAAUAUGGACUCACGGAAGCGCUUGACCAAAUCAUUUAUUGUUUGAGUACCAUCAGCACUCUCGCCACUGAAAGUCGACCUAGCACUGUACUUAAUACAGAAGUGCAAGCUGGCGAAAAGAGUGUUAUGGUCAGCGAGCUGGCAGUGAAGUUUGGUCGAGAUUUCAAGGCCCAACUGGCCACAGUUGUCCUCUUCCGGGUUGUCCUUGGAAAUGAAGGCGUGGUCCGUAACGGCUGGGCUUACAUUUCACGAAUAUGGCUAAAUCUUUUCGUCAACUCUCUGAUACCGUCCUCUCUUCUCUCCUCGGAUCAAGUUUUAGAUGUCACAUCCAUACCUUUACAGAAUCCUCUUCAAAUAAUUGAUCGCGGGGAACGAUCGGCUGAGAUGGGAAUUUUCUCUGCUUUUACAUCGUAUCUUUCGAGUUAUGCUGCAGACGAACCACCAGAACCAUCUGAUGAAGAGCUGGAGAGUACACUGUGCACUGUGGACUGCAUCACGGCAUGUUCUAUCGAGACAAUCUUUGCGAACAUCAGAUCACUUGGCCCGGUGCCGUUGAAAUCUCUCGUCCAGGCGUUGUUCUCACAGCUUCCUGAGCAGUCAUCCCCUGCCGUAAUCUCAGUCAAGCCUGACAUGCCGGCUCCAAGCCCGGUCAAGCUAAACGGGCAGCGAAGGCGGCCAAGGGAUAAUACGUAUGACCCUGGAGUCGUGUUUAUUCUGGAACUCGUUACUGUCCUCACAUUACGGGAUAAGGAGACGAUAGCAGACCUCGGAGCUCAGGUUGCUGAAGUCCUACAUUCCGUAGUUCGAGACGCCCCCAACGCCCAUCCCGUGGUUGUCUCAAGAUCAAUUUAUUAUCUAUUGAAUCUUCUCCGCGCUAGCGAUGAGCACUCUUUUGUACGCACUCCUGUCAUCCUGCACUCAAUCUCGAGUCUAGGCGGCGACAAUCUCGAGCAAUCUGCUCUGCCAAUCCUGAAGGGCAUCAAGCAAUGUCUUCAAGGACCGCCUGCACUCCGCAAUGAAAUGAGCAAUUCUCCCGACUUUUGGUCGAUCUUACACAUGCUUCACUCGAUUCAAGAUGCGGCAGCCGGGGUGUUCGAUAUUAUUGAAGAAGUGACCGUAGGCGAGCCUUCAGCUAUUACAGCAGAUAACUAUGAGUCUGCGGUCUCAUUACUAAAUGAUUUCGCAAAUGCCGCAAGUGUUGGAGCUGCACUUGAACAACGGCGAGAUCGAGAACCGCGCCAAGCCAAAAACGCCAAACAAGGAAAGCCAAAGCCUAUUCCUGCGGUUUCACGAGGAGUCAAGGCGAUUUCAUUAGUGCACGCUGUCUCUGAUCGUGCACCUUCUCUAAUCACACAAUCCCAUCUAGAUCGCAGCAAUGCUUGGAAGGCAUACUGGUCGCCCAUUUUCCGUUCAGUAACUAUCCAAUGCGUAAACCCAUGCCGCGAGGUCCGUCACCAAGCAUUCUCCAUUCUUCAACCAGCGCUUCUUUCCCCUCAGAUAACUUCGACUAGCCAGAUUGAGUGGGUAGCAAUCUUCACUGAGGUGCUGUUCCCGCUCAUUGGCAGGCUGUUGAAGCCAGAAAUAUACCAGUCCGAUCCACAUGGGAUGGGAGAGACAAGGGUUCAGGCGGCAACCUUGCUGUGCAGGGUGUUCUUGCAUUAUCUUGAGCGUCUUGCCCAAUGGGAGGGUAUGCUUGAUCUAUGGCUCAAGAUCCUAGAUCUCAUGGACCGGCUGAUGAAUAGUGGUCAAGGCGACAACCUGGAAGAAGCUGUCCCCGAGAGCCUCAAGAACAUCCUACUUGUGAUGUCUACAGACGGCCUCCUGGUCCCGCCCACACAGAACCCUGAUCGCGAAAAUUUCUGGGUUCAGACCUGGGCUCGAUUGGAACGGUUCAUGCCUAACCUGUUCGCCGAGCUCUUCCCAGAAGAAGCUCAGAAGCCUCAGUCCACGACGAAGAAAGAUGACUCUUCUAUACAGACGCCGCCCGCAUCCAGCCCGAAACCUAAAACGCCAGAUGUCGUCCCUUCUCCAAAGGAAGAGCCAAUUCCUGACGAUGGUGACGACAUUGUUCCUAACACAGAUUUGACAGUCAUCUAA